AUGUCAGACAAAUUACUCUGCAACUUCAAUAGGUUGAUAUCAGACCUCCAGAAGGAUGUGCUGGAUUUGGGAAACCGGAGUGCGCACAUGGAACACUGCAUGGGUGAAUAUGAAGAAGCACACAACGACAUGGUGGAUCACAUCCAGAAUAUUGAACAAGAACUUGAGUCCUGCCAAACCAAAUUAAUGGACCUCAAAGAUCAGUCCAGAAGGCAAAAUAUUAGGCUGCGAGGCAUCCCAGAAGCAUUGAAACAACCUGACCUUAUGGAAUAUCUAAUGUGGUGA